CAGAGCAACACGACCCGACGCGGAAUACGGUACGGACAAAGAGAAGGAUAUAAAUCAGCAAUCGUGGUAAUUCUGGCGUUCCAAACACCCACCUUGACCUUUAUUCGCAGGUUAUCCCGCAUCACAUCGACUCUCAAUUUGCAGAGAACGAUCACCACCAUGGCACCUCUUCCCAUCUACAAGGAACCCACGACGAACAAGUAUGAUUUCGUCGUCAUCGGCGGUGGUAGUGGAGGCAGUGGGACUUCGCGGCGAGCAGCAUCGUAUGGAAAGAAGGUCGCCGUUGUCGAGAUGACACCCCACCUAGGCGGGACCUGUGUCAACGUUGGAUGCGUUCCCAAAAAGAUUAUGUGGCAUGCUUCAGACCUCUUCGAAAAGACCAAGUAUUCCCUUCCCGGUUAUCAUAUCACUACCCCCAACGCUCCCAGGUUCAGCUGGGAGACUUUCAAGCCUCAGCGGGACGCAUAUAUCCGCAAGCUCAACGGAAUCUAUCACUCAAACUUUACCAAAGAGGGCGUUGAGUACCAUCUCGGUCGUGCGACAUUACUCUCAGACACGGAAGUGCGCGUUGAACCAUCUGAUGGUAGCAAGCCAUACACGCUGAAAACAUCGCAUAUAUGCGUUGCGGCCGGUGGCCACCCCAUCAUUCCCAGCGAGGAUACGAUCCCCGGCGCUAGUCUGGGUAUCACUUCCGACGGAUUCUUUGAGUUGGAAAAGCAGCCUAAGCGCGUUUUGGUUGUUGGUGGAGGAUACAUCGGCGUUGAACUAGCAGGCAUGUUGAACGGACUUGGCAGCGACGUGAGGGUCGUCAUUAGAGGAGAAAGGAUUCUUAGGGGCUUCGAAACGGACGUGGUCAACGUCGUGGAGAAGUGCAUGCAGAAGAACGGCAUCACCAUUACCAAAGGCGCGAAGGUCAAAAAGGUCGAAGGUCAAGCAGGAGAAGGCACAGAGAAGACGGUUUAUUUGGACAACGGCGAAUCCUUCGUUGUUGAGACCCUCAUUUGGGCUAUCGGGCGCGCCCCCAACACCUCCGGACUUGGUCUGGAAACAGUUGGCGUUAAACUCGACAACAAGGGCAACAUUAUCGUCGAUGAGUAUCAGCAAACAAACGUUCCUAGCGUGUCGUCGAUUGGAGACAUUCAAGGUAAAGCUCUGCUGACCCCUGUCGCCAUCGCUGCUGGGCGCAGACUGUCCAAUCGACUCUUCGGUGGAGAAAAGUUCAAAAAUGACAAAAUUUCAUACGAGGACAUCCCGACUGUAGUAUUCUCUCAUCCACCGCUCGGAACCGUAGGCUUAACCGAAGACCGAGCCAGGGAGAAGUAUGGAGAUCAAGUGAAAAUAUAUGCUUCCAAUUUCCGUGGCCUAUACUUCUCUAUGCUUGAUGAGGAACACAAGGAGCCAUCGUUCUACAAGCUUGUUUGUGUCGGUCCAGAAGAACGCGUCGUUGGUGUCCAUAUCGUCGGCAUGGGCAGCGAUGAGGUGCUUCAAGGAUUCGCCGUUGCGGUUAAGUUGGGAGCAAGAAAGCAGGAUCUAGACGAUACCAUCGCCAUCCACCCCACCAGCGCUGAAGAAUUGGUUACAUUGCGCUGAAGUGGCAUCAAUAAAUGCUAAAACAACUGUACAUCUUAAACCACUUUGUAUCAUAAUCCGACUUGAGAUUUUGUUAAAUGGAUGGAUCGCAAGCCUGAGUAUUAUCGCUGAGGAGGUUCUCUGGUGUGUGGGUAUUGAAAGACCUAAUGUAGGUAAUACCACUUGACCUUAAAAAGAGUUUUUUUUCCUGAUCACGACCCUUUUACUCACCUAAACUCCAUCGAUAUCACUAACCAGCGAUGGAUGUUCGUAAUCCUCCACGCUCUAAGUGUUCUAGGUCAAAAUGGACGCAAUAGUGCAUGUGGACUAUAUGAAAGAAGCACUGGCCAUGUACAAUGAUUCCUUUCUUUCCGGGCGAAAACAACAGACAGAUAAAUUUAAAGUGCCUUCUCUCAGGCGUUCGGCACCGGUAUUAGUCCGUUGUGGUUCUUGUGCGAGGCG